AUGAACGAGUCUUCGAUAAACGCCGGCUCCGGAUCGGACUACAACCCCAACGUCCGUCGCAGCAUUGGUGUUGCCGGUGAGGAUGUUUCAAAUACCCGCGAUACUGGUAUUACAGGAGGUACUAGCUCUGGCUAUAAUCCAAACACUCGCAUAGACCGAGAUAAUAUCACGAGUGAUACUGAUCUCAACGAUGACGAGGGUAUGAUUGCUGAGGGCUCAGCCUCUCAGAUAGGCUCUGGAUACGAUACGAUUAUCCGCGGUGCUGAAAUGACGAGCAGAGAGACAGGAUCCGGUUUGACUGACAAUGACUCCGGUAUGGGUUCUGGUUACGGCCCAGCCACACGCGGUACCGGCCUGACUGGUGGUGCCUUGGGAACGGGCUCAAGCUACAAUUCCAACACUCGCGAUACCGGCCCUCCUCCUCUUUACUUCUUUUGA